CACAGUGAACAAUGGCAGAGAUGGCGGUCGAGAGGGAGAGAAAUAUGAUCUUGCUGGAGUUGGAGUUGUUGGAUGUCAAAGAAAGUAUCCUCAUCCUGAAACGAAUUAUUCGCAACAGAAGAAGGACGGGGAGAAGGAGGAGAUGGGAUGUGCGCCCGUUGAACCAGUCGAGGCAGAAUACGGGGGAAUGUUCAGUGGUUGGUCGUCCUCUGCGAGACAUUGAUGAAGAAAUGCUUUUCGGGAACUUUAGAAUGUCGCCAGGUCGAUUUGACGAUCUGCUUCGUCGUGUGCAGCCGCUGAUAUCUCACCAGAGCACACACUCCAUGCCUGUUGAUGCUUCCCAGAGACUUGCAGUUACUUUGCAAAUUUUAGCGUCUGGUGGCAGCCAACAGGCUGUUGCAGCGAGCUACAAGUUGUCCUCCAGCACUGUGUCUGGUGUACUGUCAGAGGUCUGCAAAGCUUUAUGGACGGCCCUGCAGCCUGAAUUUCUUCCAUGCCCUUCAACUAGCCAGUGGGAAGCUAUUGCUGCAGAAUUUUGGCAAUUGUGGAACUUCCCAAACUGUAUAGGAAGUGUCGACGGGAAGCACAUCAAAAUCAAAGCACCGCGACGCUCCAAGACCGGCUACUUCAAGGGUUCUCGCUCCAUUGUUAUGAUGGCAACAUGUGAUGCAAGGUAUCGCUUCACCAUGUUGGACAUGGGCGGAUAUGGAAGGGAAAGUGACGGGGGCAUUUUCAAGGAGAGCAAAUUUGGUUCGAUGCUGCUCGACCAUGAGCUCAAUCUGCCCGCACCAGCGAAACUCCCUGGAACACAAGUCCAAAUCCCCCAUGUGAUUGUUGGUGAUGCUGCCUUCCCCCUGCACAGCAAUCUCAUGUGCCCCUUCCCAGGGGCAAAUCUGAGCAUGGAGAAGCAGAACUUCAAUUACCGUCUUUCCAGAGCCAGGCGGGUCAUUGAAAACAGCUUUGGAAUCAUGAUGGCAAGGUGGAGGAUUCUUGGACGGCAUGUUGAGUUCCUGCCAGAAAAGACUGUGGAUGUUGUAAAGGCAUGUGUUGUCCUGCACAACUACCUGGCCUACACUGACGAUCUGAACACACCAGAGACCAAAUACAUACCACCAAGCUUUGCGGACUAUGAUUCAGGUGGAUUAGUGGAGCCUGGGGAGUGGCGAAGCCUGGUAGCAGGGGACUCAAAUCUGAUGGGGCCCAUAGAUCCCUCACAUAUGUCAAAGAACCGUUCCAACACAGCUGCCCAGGCUGUCCGCAACCAUUUGACUGCCUUCUUUCUGUCACCGCAGGGAAGUGUGGAAUGAAUCUGCAUGUCUUGAAUCAUUAAUCCAUCCAUUGAACCAGACAUCCCCCUCUGUCCACCUUCUUCACCCCUUUUUACGAAGAUGGUACCAUGUCAGUACCAAAGUAUCCUGGGUCUGUUUUGGAUACAACCUGAACAAAUCCAGAACAAUUUCUCCAGGAAGAAGAAAAAUAGACAAACAACCAACCAAACAAAAAACCCUGCAAAAUUUAUAACAACGUGCUCGAUUUAAAGCAGCAACAGCAAGAACAAAAUACAAAAAUAACAUAAUCAACAAAACAAAAAGGAAAAAAAAUAUUGCACACGAUUCCUUAAAAAAAAAGAAAACAAGUUUAUUUUAUUUGAUUAUCCAAUUUAUAGUUUGAUGAAACGUUAUAUCACAACAAGAUUAUAGUUUUUCAGCACAAAGCCUGAUACAAAAUGGUUAACUUUGUCAGCUAAGCAGCUUUCUUUUUAAAUGCAGCUUUGUUGUAUUUACAGUCCAUCUCCUUCUUCGUAUUUCUAGGCCCCACUUCUUCACACAGACUUCCUGUCAUCCAGAUAAAUGCCACUAAAUGGAUCCAUUCCUCUUUUCCUCUUGGUCUUCUAGUUCACAUUUUCGUAAAUCAAAUCGUUUGCUUUGCCAGAGUUUGGCAAGUUAGCGCUGGUCAGCCCUGAUCCUUAGCAGCUUGUUUCAUUUCACUGCAGUUGGCAUAAAUGUCAUCCAUUGUUGUCUAGAAUUAAAGCAAACAUUUUAAGGUGUUCAUUUUUGUGCAGGUAAAUUUAAUUAGAUUCCUUAGUAUUAAAAUUAACAUAUAGGAGGUUAAACUCAAUUUAAAGUACCUCUUUGUCAUCUUUAAAAAGUGGACCAGAAGCAGUGUUUGUUUCAGCUUUACUCAGAAAUACAAAAUACAAAAUAACAUAUUACAUGUAAAAGAAACUCAUGUAUUGUUCCAUUGAGUGAGGCCACAGAAGAGGCAAGUUCUUGGGGGGGAAAAAAAUCACAAAUGAAAAAUAACUAGACUGGUCAACCAACAGAAAGUGGGUCACAUUAACCGAUUGGUAACCAAGAGGCUUGAAAAAUGUUAAGCAACUGAAGUAAAACAUCAGACAAAAGAUAAAGUAUGAAAUUCCUGAGAGUCAUGUGUGCUUAUGUGGUCAGAAAAAGGUUAGAGGAAAAUUUGAGAAGAUGAAAGAAGGAUUAUAUCAUAAGGAGGAUGUUACCAGUAUUACUGCUGCUGAUUGAUACUCAAAUUUACUAUGACAAUUUUCCUUUUUUGUACAUCUUCUAUUAUUUUCUAACUUACAAAUGUUAUUAACGUGUGUUGCUUUUGGAGAAAAUAUAGAAUGUUCCACAGUCUUA